AUGGUCGAUCUCGUCUGGAUCAUCUACCUUACUUCGGAGGAAGAAUCUUUCUUCUACAAUCUACUGAAUUCAGGUGGUACAGGGGGUUUAUCGGGUCCCGACAGAAGGAUGCGUUCAGCUCCUAUUGCUCGUCGAGACUCUGUAUCUGGCUUUGGUAACGGCGGUGGUGAGAUGGGUAUAGGAGGUGGAAUGAACAACAUGUCCAGAGGGAUUUCCUCACACAGCAUCGGAGGACGUGGAGGUGGUAUAGGUGGAGGUUAUCCUGUCGGAGGUGGAAGUGGUGGAUAUGCUCCAGCUGCUACGGAAGGUACUCCUCAAAAAGCAUCUUCGGCGAGGAACGACUAUGCUAGUCCAGGAGGUGAAGAACCGGAAUAUAAACAUCGUGCCAAAGCAAUGUACGCUUACUCAGCUUCUCCCGAUGAUCCCAACGAGGUAUCUUUCGCCAAAGGGGACAUCUUGGAGGUGCUGGAUAAUACGGGUAAAUGGUUCCAAGUGAGAACACCAGCAGGUGCUACAGGUAUCGCUCCUUCCAAUUAUCUCACCUUGCUCUAA